AUGGCAAACCAACAAACUUCGGCGUGCAACCUUUCCCCUUUUGCUGGUAGAGAUCCAAAUUCUACCAACAUCAAUAAACAAGAAAUUGAAUACCCGUCGACAAUUCCGUUGUCUGUGACUAUCGAGGCGGCCUGGUGCGUUACGCUGCAUCUCUACACUGGCCUCGAUCAAGUUUCGUUUGAGUCUAGGGUAGAUGGCAGCACAGCCACUAAAGUCUGCGAGAUUCAGCCUCACGACUCACUCGCCACGAUUGUCUCGCGCCUCCAACGCGACCGCGUCAGUGAUGAAGACGAAUAUCACUACAAUACUGCAAUCAUCUUCCAGAGGAUCAUCGACAAUGAGUGCCAAUAUCACCUUUCAGAAAUUCUGCAGCCUGGAAUGGACGUUGCCCUGCAUGUUGCAGAUUCCGGCUUUCAGAUGCUGGCCCGCAGUGCUUUCAUGGCCCUUCAUGAAGUGAGGAAUUUAGGCGAGACUUUCUCGCAUGUCCUCACCUCUUUUGACAACAAUCUCAAACAAACCAUCCGUCAUGUUGGAAUCAGCGGAAACGAUGUCGCUCAAAUUGUCAGCUGGAACAGUGGAAACUUGACACGUACCGAGUGUCUCAUCCACGACGAGUUCUCUCGCGUUUCUCAUCUAUAUCCCCACAAACCAGCCAUUGAAUCCUGGGACGGUGACAUGUCGUACCAGGAGCUUGAUGUGGCCUCAAACUCAUUGGCCAAAAAAUUGGCGCAGACCGAGUUCAAUGCUGGCCCUGGUUCGUGGGUACUUUUUUGCUUCAACAAAUCCCGUUGGGCCAUUAUUUCCAUGCUGGCCAUUAUCAAAGCGGGAGCAGCCUGUGUUCCAUUGGAUCCUAGAAAUCCCCCAGCUCGUGUGCAACAGAUUAUCGGAACCACUGGGGCCAAGGUCAUCCUAGUGGGCGAAGCAGACAUUGGCAACCGGCUAUCCAGUGACUUUCCGUCCCUUCAGGUCAUUAACGUCACUAAGAUGGAUGUGGAUCAGGACGAGGACCACCCGAUGAGCAGCAGCAAGACCUCUCUGACAUUGGAGAGCCCUGCUAUCGGACUCUUCACAUCUGGCAGCACCGGAACUCCCAAGGGAAUUAUCGCGACACACGCAACCAUCUGCACCGGCGCUUCUUCUUAUGCGUGCCAUAUUGGAGCUGAUGACAAUACCCGGGUUCUCCAAUUUGCUUCGUACACUUUUGAUGUCUGUAUGGUGGACGUUUUCACAGCUCUCCUCCACGGGGGUACCCUCUGCAUUCCUUCAGAAGAGGAGCGCAUGGAUGGUCUUCAAGAGUACAUCGCUCGAACUCGACCCAACUGGGCGGCCCUGACUCCUACGGUAACCCGCAUUCUAGAUCCAGCAAUGUCUUCAAGCUUCCUUCAAAAGCUUCUUCUUGUUGGUGAGAUGGUCAGAGAGUCAGACAUCGAGGACUGGGUUAAUUCAGGCGUGUCUGUAUACAAUGUUUACGGCCCUGCGGAGAACAACUUGAUCACCACUGCUGCCCAGGUAAUUAAAGGCAGGGCUUCCAAUGUUGGACGCGGCGUCAACACCCGCACAUGGAUCGCAGACUUUGAAAGGGAGCGCCUUGUGCCCAUAGGCGCAGUUGGUGAGCUCAUUUGCGAAGGACCACAGCUCACUCCUGGUUACCUCAAUGACCCGGAGAGAACUCGGACUAGUUUCUUUGAUGAUCUCGAGUGGAUCCCCCGCCCCAGCGUCGAUGGAAACCACGAACAGUCAUUAUCUAGAAGGUUUUAUCGCAGUGGCGAUCUCGUACGUUACUGCGCUGAUGGGUCGCUACAGUGCGUGGGACGCCUGGACUCGCAAGUCAAACUUGGUGGCCAGCGUGUUGAGCUUAGCGAUAUCGAAUCACAUAUACAGGCGCACAAUGCUGCUGUCCUGCUUCCCAGGGCUGGUCCUCUUCAGAACAAACUUACUGCGGUGAUUGAAGGCGUGUCAUUCAUAUCGCAACCGCAUCCGACUUGCUCAUCCGCACUUUUUUCACGCUGCGACCUCGUAGCAGUAGAAAAGGUAACCGAGACCCUUCGGGCAAGCCUUCCUUCAUACAUGUGUCCGUCAGUCUGGAUCAGCAUCGGCAAUCUCCCGUCAUCGACCUCUGGCAAGCUGGACCGAAAGGCGCUGAUGACAAAACUUGAGACACUCUCGCAGGAAGAAUAUCUUGAGCUUGUUCUUGAUGGUGCCAUGGACGGAGAAGAGGAAACUACUCAGGCCGAUGUUCGACAGCAGCUUCUACGUGAAGUCUGUAGCCAAGUCCUGAAUAUCCCAGUUGGGAAAAUUGUAAUGGCGCGAUCCUUUGCCGGUCAUGGAGGGGACUCGAUCACGGCAAUGCAGGCGUCGUCACUCAUCAAGCGAACCCAAAAUUUGGUCGUCGGGGUAAAAGAUAUCUUAACAUGCCCAACGCUAGCAGAAGCAGCCUCACGUAUUCGGGAUGCGACGAAUUCAAUGCAGUUGCCUGUUGCUCAGCCUGGCAAGCUCUAUCCUCUGUCUCCAAUCCAACGCCUCUUCAUGGUGACGGCACCCACAUCUGCAACCUGGAACCACUAUAACCAGAGCGUUCUUAUGCGCCUACGAGAGCGAAGAGAGGUUGAGGACGUGAAGGCGGCUUUGUAUAGCUUGGUCCGCCAUCAUGCCAUGCUACGUGCUCGAUUUGUCAAGUCAUCAUCUGGCGAGUGGAUGCAACGAAUCUUGCCCGAAAACGAGUGCCACCUCGCUUUUGAAUACUUCCCUGAUGUGGUCGUCUUUAAACAGAAAGAGUCGGUUAUGUUGCGGGCUAGGGAGUCUCUUGACAUCGAACAUGGUCCGCUACUGCGUGCCCAGCUUUUCGAAGGUCAAGGCGAGCAUGGUAUGCUUCUCUUCAUUGUAUCCCAUCACCUCAUUGUCGACCUUGUUUCAUGGAGAGUCAUCCUUGAAGAGGUGGAAGCCUGCUUGAAUUCACCAUACAGGAGUAAUAGCCUCCCAAGAGAAGCCCCGGCCUCGAUUGCGUUUCUGGCAUGGUCUGAAAUGCAACAUGAGAUGGCCAAAGGAAUGCGUCCGGAUCAUACCAUCCCUCCACGCUCUUAUGUGCCAGCUCCUGACUUUUCUUACUGGGGCAUCUCCCCUGCUCGGAAUGUGUACCGUGAUGUCACCGAGAAACGAAUCUCUCUGGGCGAUAUGACGACGAGAAACGUGCUAUACGAAUGCCACGAAGCAUUGCAAACAGAACCAGUUGACAUCUUUCUUGCAGCGAUCCUUCUCUCAUUCAAGCGUGCGUUCCCAGAGCGACCGACCCCGCCAGUCUUUAAUGAAGGACAUGGUCGAGAGCCGUGGAACAGUGAACUGGAUGUUUCGCGGACUGUUGGCUGGUUCACCACCAUGUUUCCUAUCUAUGUUUCUGAUAUCAGCGCUGGCGAUGUGGUUGACACGGUGCGAAGAGUCAAAGACUUUCGCAAAGGCACUGCAGAUAAUGGGUUCCAGUACUUUUCGACAAAGUAUCUUCACCAAGAAGGGCGUAGGCUUUUUAAAGACCACAUACCUGCAGAAAUCAUGUUCAACUACGAAGGGAGGUACCAAUCAUUGGAGAAAGAUGACUCCCUUCUCAUGACCGAAGACUGGACAGCUGGAGAAGCCUUAUCCGACUCGUCUCCAGAACUCCAGCGCUUCUGUCUUUUUGAGCUAUCGGCAGCCGUACUAGUCGACGGCGAGCUUCACUUUACCAUGGCCUGGAACUCUCGUGCCAGAUAUCAAGAGAGGAUAUCUUUGUGGCUCACAAGGCUACUCCCAGCCGUCAUAGACGAGAUCGUGACAUAUUUGAUGUUGGGAAAACGGCAGUUCACCCUCAGCGAUCUGGAUCAGGCUGGGCUGAGUGGCUACUCUGACCUAGACGCUCUCGUAUCCUCGUUGCAGACCAUUCCAGGGGUUGACGGUAUCGAGGGAGUGGAAGACAUCUACUGCGGUUCGCCAAUGCAGGAUGCUUUGGCACUCAGCCAGUCGAGGUUGAAAGAUGGCGCAUACGAGAUCGAUAUCACUUGGGAACUCACUGACAGCCGCCACGGGAGCCCCCGGAUUGACCCAAAUCGACUCAGGGAGGCCUGGAAUGACGUCGUCGCUCGCCAUGCUGCCUUGAGAACCGUCUUCCUCGAAGCUACAACAUCUACUAAAACUGCCAUGAUCCAUCAGGUAGUCCUGAAGAAGUAUCGACCAUCCGUCAUUUUGAUGGAUGCCGAUAACUCAGUUAACGCACUGGACGGACUUGCGAGCUGCGUGUCAUACAAAGAGAAGGGCUUGCUGGUUGACAAGAUACCUCCGCAUCUUUUGGCAAUUUGCUCCACCGCUCAAGGCCACACUUUUGUUAGAUUCCAAGUUAAUCACAUCUUGUUUGACGGCAUAUCGAUUUCUCCAUUACUUCGCGACUUGUCCAAGGCCUACCAGAACAGUCAUGGACUUCAGACAGAAUGGAAUUGGAAGCCCUUCGCUGAUUUUAUCCGCUACAUUCGUGACGAAGACCGCCGAGAAGAGGAUAUAGCCUAUUGGAAGACAUAUCUUGCGACGGCUAGACCUUGCUACUUCCCAGCUCUUACGGAUGAGGGUACUAAGCACGACGGCCGAGCAAAUCAACAGAGAGGCUCAGUUAAAGUGCCCAUAACGCGUGAUGUUGCCCAGCUCGGACAGUUCCUGGCAGAGAUGCAAGUGACGAUGCCGACUCUAAUACAGCUCACAUGGGCGACGGUCCUUCGCAUGUAUACAGCUGACACUCAAAUUGUCUUUGGGUAUCUUGCUUCCGGACGAGAUGCUCCAGUUGACAACAUCCAGGAAGCAGUUGGGCCAUUCAUUUCCAUCCUCAUCCAUUUUUUGGAUUUCGAUGACGAGGAAAACAUGUCCGUCGCAGAUAUCCUCCAAAGGAUACAAGACCGCUCUGCUCGUUCCAUUAGCCAUCAAAGUUGCUCUCUCGCAGAGAUUCAGGGUGCUCUUGGUAUAACAGGAAACUCAUUACUGUUCAACAGUGGUAUUUCCUUCAUGUCGAAAUGGACCAAGGAGAUGCAACUGCGUGAAAAGUCGACUCUUCUGUUCGAACAGAUUGCUGUUCAUGAUCCUACUGAGUUCGAUGUCUCUCUAAUUGUAGAGACUGGAGAUGAUGGAGUCAGUGGAAUGUCUGUCUCCAUCGACUACCGGACAGCAACCAUCGGCCGUCAGCAUGCCACGAACAUUGCAGCCUCGUUCGACUACCUUCUCUCUCAGAUUAUACAAGAUCCGUCGGUGCCUUUGAGUCAGAUCGGUGGUAUCAGUACUCUUGACACCGAGCAGAUCUGGGAUUGGAACAAAGUGUUGACACCGCCUUUGGAGAAAUGUCUGCAUGACAUAUUCAUUGACAAGGCCCUUGAUAGUCCUUCAGCGGAAGCCAUCUCUAGCUGGGAUGGGUCGAUGUCGUACGGGCAACUGCAUCAACUAUCGACACGGCUAGCCAAGCACCUUUCACAACUAGGCAUUGGUCCAGAGACGAAGGUCCCAUUGUGUUUCGAAAAGUCUAUAUGGACCAUUGUUGCUAUUAUUGGCGUCUUGAAAGCUGGGGGGUGCUUCGUACUUCUCGAUCCAGCGCAUCCAGAAUCCCGGAUAUGGAACAUUAUUGAUGAGAUCGAGGCUUCUGUGAUGAUCUGCUCACCGUUGACCAACAAGUCGAAGAAGCUGGAUACCUCAACACAAAGAGGUGACCGUCAUGUAACGGUGCUAGAGAUCAAGUCCUCCUUCAUCAACAACCUUCCACUCGUGAAUGAUGAAGUUCCUGUAUGUGCUUUAGUAUCACCUGAUAACGCUGCGUACGUUCUAUUUACAUCUGGAACGACGGGUACACCCAAAGGCGUCGUCGUUACGCAUCGGGCGAUUGUGACUGGUCUCAAUGAGCUAGGCAGAGCGGCUGGCAUGGUUGAUAUGGGAUCUGAGACUCGUACACUUCAGUUCGCGUCGUACGCCUUUGACGCAUCGAUUGGAGACAUCUUCUGCACCUUACAGAACGGUGGUUGUGUAUGUGUCAUGUCUGACGAUAAUCGCAGCCCAGCCGACAUCACCGACUUUAUCCAACGAAGCAGGGCAACUUAUGCGGGUAUCACACCAUCUUUUGCAUCCUUGCUUGACCCGUCAUCAGUUCCAAGCCUCCGAGUUCUUUGUUUCUCGGGUGAAGCAUUAUCAGCGUCACAAAUUGAAGCAUGGUCAGGUCGUGUAAAAAUUAUCAACAUGUACGGGCCCACCGAAGCGACAGUCGCAUGCAUCGCCAAACCAGAAGUGAACAAGACAACGGCUGCAUCAAAUAUAGGCAGAGCAUUCCGUGGAACUACGUGGGUAGUUGACGAGAACAACCAUGAUCAACUCCGUGCUGUUGGUGCUCCCGGUGAGCUUCUGAUAGAAGGUCCAAUUCUUGCUCGGGGGUAUUUCAAGAGGCCAGAACAGACAGCCCAGGCUUUUAUCGAAAGCCCUUCUUGGCUAAAGGACAAGAGACCAAACAGCAGACUUUACAAGACUGGUGACGUGGUCCGGUAUAAUACGGAUGGCACCAUCAGCUAUAUCGGCCGCAAAGACAACCAGAUUAAGAUCAAUGGUCAGCGUGUGGAAGUGUCUGAGAUCGAGCAUACUCUCAGGGCUGCUGUAGGAUCUGCAGCUGGUCCGAUCAUAGUCGAGCUUCUCAAGAGGAAGGAUUUGGGCGAGGCUGAUGUACUGGCUGCAUUCAUAUACGUCGGCGGCCAUGAUCUAGCCCCAGAGUCAAAUCAUACAACAAACAACAAGAAACCCUCUAUCAUUGCUCACAACCCUCAAUUCAUGGACCUGUUUAACAGCAUUAUUUCCAAGCUCAACUCAUCUGGUACCUCUCUGCCACGCUAUAUGGUGCCACAAGCCUUUAUCCCCAUCGAGACAUUGCCUCUUACGACUUCUGGAAAAGUCGACCGAAGGGCUCUACAACAUGCAUCUAGUGAUCUUAGCCGCAGUGAUCUUUUCUCAUUCGCAAUCUCACUUGACACAGAUCCUCAUGAGCAAGAUACCGUGAUUGAAGCUGAUGAAGAUGCCCUGUUGGCUCAGUUAUGGGAGAACGUCCUUGGCGUCAAGGUGAACGGUGGACAAAGUAAUUUCUUCCGCCUGGGCGGUAACUCGAUGGCUGCUAUGGCUCUUCGAGCUGAGGCGAGACAGGCUGGGUUUCAGCUCUCUGUUGCUGAUAUUCUUGCCAAUCCGACCCUAAGAGAUAUGGCGAAGGUAAUGAGUCCUUCACCAUCGACAUCUCUGCGAUCGAAUAAUUCGACUUCUUCCCAGUCACUGCCGAAAUCCCUUCCUACUACUCCGGACGAAGACAAUUUGGGAGUUCCACCAUUUUCGCUUCUCCCAGGUAUGGACCUUUCUUGGGACCAGAAAUUGUCACAAGAGGUUUUCGACAGCAUUGGCAUCCGUUCAAGUGAGAUCGAGGAUGUCUUUCCAUGCACACCGAUGCAAGAAGGCCUGAUGGCAUUGUCAGCGCAUCGAGAAGGGCAUCGAGCAUAUGCAUUGCAUGCACCGUUCAAGCUUCCAUUGGAUCUAGACAGAAAGCGGUUCAAAUUCUCAUGGGAAACAACCACGAUGAUCCAUUCUAUUCUUCGGAGUCGUAUAGUGCCCAACAGUCAGGGCAGCCUUAUCGUGGUGCAAAGCAGUCCAAUUCCAGUCGACGAAAGUACUGCCUCUACUCUAGAUAAACACAUGGAACAACAAAGAAACAAGCAUUUUGGAUACGGUCAGCCUCUUCUCCGCAUGACCAUGGUCUUUGACCAGAGCACACAAUGCCACUACUUCGUUAUCAGCAUUCACCAUACCCUCUUCGACGGCUGGUCCUUUAGCUUGAUGUGGGACACGGCCAUUGAGUUAUAUCAAGGCACGCAAUUAUCGCAACCUGGUCCAUCUUUCCAAUCCUUUGUCCAGCAGCUGAAAAGCGCACCGCUAUCCUCCUCUAAGGAAUAUUGGAGGAGCCAUUUAGUCGAGCAAGACAGGGAAGGGUUUCAGUUUCCUCCUGUCCCAUCCGCCCACAAACCCAUAGCUACGGCAAGUGCAACCUUCCGCUUCUCCUUCCAGUCAAGUAUGGCCAUGUCCGCUGGUGUCACACCGUCAGUCUUGAUCAACGCCGCUUGGGCAAUACUGCUUUCGCAGUAUACGACGAGUUCGGCAGUGAAUUUUGGCGUUACAUUGUCUGGACGAGACUUUCCUAUGCCCUGUCUUGACCAGGUUGUAGGACCGACGAUAGUCACCGUGCCGAGACAGUUUCACGUUAAUCCGAACCAGACUGUUCUGGAGUUUCUUGAAUAUAUGCAACAAGUAACGGCCGCUUCCAUACCUCACCAGCAUCUCGGCAUACAGGAGAUUCGAGCUCUUGGCUUGUCGGCCCAGCAAGCGUGCAAUUUCAGCACAUUGAUACUUGUCAACCAUGACAUGGUCGACCUACGCUCCAGCUUGAGUCCCUUGGGCAUUACUCCAAUCGAGGUAGACCCAAUUGACUUCCACCCUUACCCUCUCGCCGUCGAAUUUUCCAUUGGGUCUGAGUCUGUCUUUGUAAAUGUCGGUUACGAUCCUAUCUGCAUAGGGGCACCGAUGGUCAGCCAUGUGAUGCAGCAAUUUGAUCAUAUUCUCCAGAGUCUUUGUCAGAGCUGUUAUGAUCCAUCUGGAGGCUCAUUUCCAGUCAAUCUAGCUGCUAUCAUGACCAAAGUAGCUCCAAGUCAAUUACACAACAUGCUGAGUUGGAAUGAGGAUGGGCAUCGCUAUGGUGAAUCCCAGCAAUUCCAGUCCAUAAUCGACUUGAUAGACGCCAAAGUCCGGGCGAACCCGCUUGAAAUAGCUGUGAGGGCUGACGAUGGGGCCCUGUCAUAUGCUGAACUUGACCGAUUGGCCAACAUAGUUUCUCAUGGCAUUUCUGAAGGAGGUUCGCAUCCCCUUGGCGAGUUCGUCGGUAUUUGCUUCAAUAAAUCGGCGGCGGCAAUUGUCUCGAUGCUUGCAGUGCUCAAAUCAGGAUCCGCCUUUAUGCCUCUGGGUCCUUCGCAGCCUUCGGCGCGACUCGAGAGUUUGCUUAUUGGAGCUGAAGUUCAAACUGUCCUGACCAGUCCAGCCCAUGUCGCGUUACUAUCGACCCUUCCCUCCCACUGUCGCAUCGUGUCUGUGGAUCUGCAUGAUGUAGCUCAACGCCAACAAACCCAACCUUGUACUUCGAAUCAUGCAAUAGAGGAGACUCAAGCAGCCUAUCUCCUCUACACAUCUGGAACAACGGGCCAGCCAAAGGGUGUAGUAAUUGAGCACGGUGCAUGGUCCAGGGCAAUCGCCUCUCAAAUCGACUUUUUCGGAUUUACGCGUCAGACACGCAUGCUUCAAUUCAGCAACUACACAUUCGACGCGAGCAUCUUUGAGAUUUUUAUCACACUCUGUUCUGGGGGGCUUCUCUGUAUUCCUUCAGAGCACUCAAGGGUAAACGACCUUGAAGGAUACAUAAGCCAGAACGAGUUGAACACCAUCACACUCACGCCAACAGUCGCAAGAGUCCUCCGCCCAGAGAAACUACCUCAUGUCAAACAGUGUCUUUUCGGAGGCGAGUCGUUAACACAGAGUGAUGUGAAGGCCUGGGUGCAACAAGGUCGGCGUGUUACCAACUGCUAUGGACCGACAGAGGCAUGUGUGUUCACCUGUGGCAGAGAUAUUAAGGUCGAGGCUAUUGAUACAAAGAGCACCAAUAUUGGACGUCCCGUGGGGAUUAACGCCUGGAUCAUCAGUCCCAUGACAGGCAGUAUCUGCCCCAUUGGUGCACCUGGUGAACUGUGCCUUGAAGGCCACACUCUGGCUCGCGGCUAUCACAACGAUCCAGAGAAGACCAGACUAUCGUUCUCCACCAGCCUUCUUGACUCUAUUCCUGGAAAGAAGCAUGGAAACAGGGUUUAUCGAACUGGAGACAUUGUUCGCUAUGAAACAGACGGCACACUGGACUUCCUUCAAAGACGAGAUGGUCAAAUCAAGCUUCGAGGUCAUCGAAUUGAUGUGGGCGAGAUUGAGCAUCAUAUCCAGCAUGCUAUGUCAGACGAUGCGUCAUUCUACUCCAGUACCGUCCAGCUAUAUUGGCGAGAUAGGAGAGGGUACGGGGAACCUGAAAUUGCAGCUCUCUUGAGGAUGGAUAUGCUUCACGAUGAGACUGUACAUGAGGUGCCUUGUACGUUGCUCUCGAUGACAGGCAAGAUCCCUACAUCCACCAAGGCCUCACAGCUACGGUACAAACUACGCCGCCUCCUUCCAGAGUACAUGAUUCCAAGCAUUUUUAUUGCUGUGGCCCAUUUCCCUACCACUGCAUCAGGAAAGCUAGACAAGGAGUUUGCCCAAGGUUGCAUUGAAGAUCUCUUGGCUCGAGGACAACAGGAAGCAGAACAAGAUGAGACUUGGUCCAUAACUGAGACCUGUGUUCGAGAAUGGUGGUCUACUAUUCUCGGAGUGGAUGCCAGCCUUAUUAGCCGUCAUGAAAACUUCUUUGCCCUUGGUGGAAACUCGAUACAUGCUAUAAGACUGGUCGGCCUAGCGCGCUCCAACAGCUAUCGCUUGCAGUAUGAAGACAUCUUCUCGUCUCCUAUCCUCGUUGACAUGGUGUCUCAUCUGCUACCAAUUGGUCAUGAUGAUGAGGAAAAGCCGGAGUUACUGUUUCCACCCGAACCUUUUGAGCUCAUUUCCGGACCUGACCUAGAGUUUGUUUUCGAUAACCUCUUUCCCUUGCACAAUAUCAGCAAGAAUGAGGUUGACGAUGUAUAUCCUUGCACAGCGCUUCAAGAGUCCCUCAUGGUUGAGACCGCCAGACAUCGCGGCGCUUACAUGUUGGUCGAGACCGUUGACGUUCCCGCUUCACAGGUCACACGUUUUCAGGACGCAUGGCUUUCAGCGUUCAAAGCAUAUGAGAUAUUGAGGACUAGAAUCGUGCUGAGCCAUGAUCAGAAGCAUGGGGCUUGGCAAGUUGUGAUGAAGAGCCACCCUUUGAGAUGGACAGAGUUUCCUGACGUCAGCUCUUUCGUUGAGUUUGCCUACGACUCACACGACUACGGGAAGCCGUUGAUUCAACUAGGGAUUAUUGAUGACUUAGACAAGACCAAUACGCAAGGCAAUCAAGACGUGGUAAAAUAUGGCUUUUGUGUUCAUCACGCCGCCUACGAUGGGUGGUCUCUGUCAAAUAUCUGGCAGAGAAUCUACCAAGGGCUCUCCGACAGCCCCCCAAGCUACUCAUUCAGUCAUGUUACUCCAUACAAGUCUUUCAUCCGCAAUCUGACAAAACAAACCUCGGAGCAAGCGAUAACUCACUGGGAAGAAAGGUUUGCUGGACUUUCUAAUACGCGACUAAUCCCUCAAUCAAGUCAUGCAGAACACCAGCCAUUGGCAACCGAUUCAACUCAAAGGACUCUCCAACUACCACAGUUACAUGACCAGGGUUACCUACAAGGUAAGACAGCCGCGAUAGCUCAAGCAGCCUGGGCCAAGACCAUUUGCCACUACACGGCAAACAACGAUACUGUGUUUGGCACAAUCCUUUCCGGGAGAGAGUCUGCUGCCGCAAGCAUUUCUGGUAUAGAAGACAUCGCUGGCCCGACUAUUGUCACCGUUCCGUCUCGUACCGUUAUCGACUACAGUUCUUCAGUAUCAGAUCUAGUGGCUGCGGUGCAGCGUGAUAAUCUCAGUGCCAUUCGCUUCUCUCACAUUGGCCUGGAACAGAUCUCCCGUAUAAACCAAGAUUGUCGCCAGGCCUGUCAGUUUGAUAGUAUUUUUGUUGUUCAGCCUCCUUUGGACAAGACAAUGGCAAACACAUCUACUGGUGUCGUGCGCCAGACUAUCGAUACAAAAGGGUUCUUCUCAAGUCCUAUGAUCGUGGAGGUACAGCUGCCAGCGGAGGGCAAAGAAGUGACAGUCACCAUAAGCUUCGACCAUAUCAUAGUAUCAAGCCAUCAAGCCGAGCUGAUGUUAGACACUUACAUCACGAUUCUCGGUAGCCUCUUUCAUUCACCCGAGGAUACGCCGUUGCAAAGUAUAUCUGCGCUUUCUCCAGACCACAUUGCACAGAUUGGCAAGGUCAACGGCAGUUCGGCCAAAACAGUUCGAUCUUGCGUUCAUGAUCUCGUGCGGAAGCAAGUUGAAUUGAGCCCGUUCCUCACUGCUAUUGAUUCAUGGGAUGGAUCGAUGACAUAUGCCGAGCUAGACGAUUUGUCGACGUCUCUAGCAGAAAACCUGUCUUACUUGGGUAUCAAACCCGAGAAGGCAGUAUGUAUGCUCUUUGAGAAGUCCAAGUUUGCUAUCGUUGCAAUUCUGGGUAUUGCAAAAGCAGGAGGUUGCUUUGUGCCCUUGAAUCCACAAAACCCAGUCAAACGACUUCAGCAUCUUGUCCAAACUGUGGACGCCUCAGUAAUUCUCACAUCGCCCCAACACGAAGAACUUUCUACGUCUCUCUCGCGAUGCAAAGUUAUGGUUGUCGGUCCAAACACCCUCCCAUCACCAACAGCGGCCUUUUUGAAGCCGCCUCAUACCUUUCAUAUACCUGUGGAGCCACAACAUACAGCCUACAUACUCUUCACCUCUGGAAGUACUGGGCUGCCGAAAGGAGUUGUUAUUGAGCACCAAGCACUCUGUUCAUCAUUGAUCGCUCUCACAGACCGCAUAGGCAUGGGAACCCAUUCGCGAACGCUACAAUUCAACGCCUACUGGUUCGAUGGAAUGUUGUUGGAAAUCUUCGGCACUCUCAUCGUUGGCGGGACUAUCUGUAGCCUCUCCGAGUCAGGGCGCAUGGACGAUUUAGCAGGCAGCAUUGAGAAGAUUCAUGCCAACACCAUCACUACACUUGCGACUUCUGUAUCGCGCUUGAUCGAACCCAGCAGUGUUCCUUCCCUCAAGACUGUAUGCUUAGGAGGCGAGCCUGUUCUACCCAGUGACAGGGAUCGAUGGGCUUCAAAGGUCAAACUAUUGUCAGUCUAUGGUCCCACUGAGACUUGCAUCAUUAUGCUGGUUGGUGAUAUGACGCGCAAUUCGCCAGCCACCUUGCUAGGUCAACCAGUCGGAAGCCGCGUCUGGGUCGUGAAUCAUCUCAAAGACAAUGAGUUGGCACCUCUGGGCGGUAUUGGCGAGCUUUUCAUCGAGGGUCCCGGCCUUGCUCGACAUUAUCUCAACGAGGAGGACAAGUCUGCGGCCUCAUUUGUCUCCAACCAGUCAUGGAUGGUUCAAGACCAGCAUGUGCAGGAGCCUCGACGUGUUUACAAGACUGGUGAUCUUGUUCGUAUCAGCCCUGAUGGUACUCUGACCUGGAUUGGCCGCAAAGAUUCCUCACAAGUCAAGAUUCGCGGUCAACGAGUUGAACUCGCGGAAAUUGAGGAAACCAUAAGGCAGCACAUUCCCAAAGCCCUUCCGGUUGCCGUGGAAAUCUUUACGCCCACCAGUAAUGAUGAGAUGCAGAUACUUGGGGCAGUACUGGGGACUAGCGGCGUUGUGCCUGGAGGAUCAAGCGAUCAGGUGGCUGCUUAUAUGCAGAAGCUGACAAUUGACCUGAUGCCAAAGCUCAAGGGCACACUGCCGCAUCAUAUGGUUCCAAGCGUUCUUAUUCCUUUGUCUAAUUUACCCUUCUUGAGCACGGGCAAACUAGAUCGCAAGACCUUGCACAGCCUCGCCAUUCCUCUGGCGGUCGAAAUGUCUAAGGGAACGGCUACAACAACUGGGCAAUCGCCAAAAACACCGAAGGAGAAGCUGCUCAGCGAUUUGUGGGCAGAGGUUCUUGGAAGUAAAGAGAAGCCAGCGGGUCGGACCGACAACUUUUUCAAUGUCGGCGGAGAUUCGAUGAUGGCCAUGAGACUAGUUGCGCUGUCAAGAUACCGAGGCUUAGCACUCACAGUUGUGGACAUCUUUAAGCACCCAAUCCUGUCCAACAUGGCUGACGUGAUCGAGGCUUUGGAUCACGAAGAGGAUUUGUUGAAAGAAGGAGCCCAUGACGAUAGGAUAGUUGACGAAAAAGCGUAUACCCUGUCUACGCUUCAGCACCUGUCGCGACAAGCCAUGCCAAUUUGUGCGGAUAAGAUCGAACAGAUAUACCCGUGCACCGGUAUGCAAGAGAUGUUCUUGAACGGAACAGAGGCUUGGCCUGGAGCCCACGUCACGCAGUGGAUAUUCUCACUAGACAAAGACAUCGAUAUGCUUGCUCUUGGAAAAGCCAUUGACCGCUGCAUCAUCCGUUAUCCAACUAUGAGAACUCGCAUUGUACGGAAUAUUCAGACAGGGCAGCUUGUUCAAGUUGUACUACACAAAGGAAAUGAGGCUCCGUGGUCUGUCUUUCUCUCUGAAGAUGUUGACUCGGUCGUGGAACAGGAAAGACAAUGUCAUUGGAUGCAUUCCGGUCUUGGUGAGCCCUUACAGAGGAUCUCACUUGUCCAGAAUAGCUCGCGCCCUACUCAUCUUAUUUGGUCACUGAAUCAUGCUGCUUACGAUGCGUGGAGCCUAGGGAUGAUGCUGAGGUCUAUCGGUCAAGAUUACGCCAAACCGCAAGACGAUCCAGAGACUGCUUUACCUUUCAGUGGAUUUAUACGGCAUAUAACCAAGGCAAGAAAUGCAACUUCAGAGUCUCGCAGCUUCUGGCAAACCUACCUUUCAGACAUGGGUCCACAAACAUUGCUCUUUAACUACUCGGCUCUCAAAGACCCUCGCCAAGACUGCCUUGCAGUAUAUCAAGUAUCGUUCCCCAAACGCGAGGGCAAGACUCCUACGUCGCUCAUAGCAGCCGCUUGGAUAUUGUUACUGGCUCGGCUUACUCAUCGCAUCGACAUCACUAUCGCGUAUCUAGUCACAGGGAGAACUCUUCCCCUAGGUGGAAUCGAUACAUGCCCCGGUCCACUCAUUUCGAAACUACCUCUGCGUGUUCGACUACCAAUUGAAUCCACUGGGAUUUGCGACGCUGCUGAUAUUGUACGCACUGAGAUGGUUCGGGUCAUGCCACAUGAGCACACUGGGCUAGAUGCCAUGCAAAGCCUGACAAGCCAAGAUGCUGAGGUUGCCCCUCUGCAUGCGGCCUCGCUACUAGGCCACUUGCCAUUCGACCUUGCCAUUCAUCCAGCAGGUCACACAGACUUUAGUGGUGCAAAAGGUACUGGCAUGGUCCAUAUGGGACAGAAGGUUGUGGUGCCUCCUCCUGGAACAUUCUCAGCCGAGUGCUCAAUUGUGUCAGAGAAGGAUAACAUAACAGUGGACUUGGCUAUAAUCUGGGAUGAUAGGGCUGUAGAUAAGAGUGGGAUUGAUGAUAUCAUAGAAAUUUGGCGGGAGAUUACAACAGAUGAUACUUAG